AUGUUCAUCUAUUUGAGUAAAAAGAUCGCCAUCCCGAAUCAAGUGAACUUGAGAUGCAUCUCGUGGAAUUAUGAUGAUGGCUACAUCGCCGUCGGUGGUGAUGAAGGUCUUCUCAAGGUUCUGAAACUCGAGACUUCGAAAGAUGGCUUGGUGGCUCCUUCGAAUCUUUCAAUGAAUCAGACUCUGGACGGACACAGUGGAUCUGUUCAGAUGAUGGUUUGGAACGAGAAACAUCAGCGGCUCACCACUUCUGACUCAUCCGGUCUCAUCAUCGUUUGGAUGCUGCAUAAGGGCUCUUGGUGUGAGGAGAUGAUCAACAAUAGGAACAAAAGCGUCGUCCGGGGAAUGUCGUGGUCGGGGGAUGGUUUGAAAAUUUGCAUUAUAUACGACGACGGAGCUAUAAUUGUGGGUUCCGUCGACGGCAAUCGCCUCUGGGGCAAGGAACUCAAGGGAGUAUCGCUGCAGAUCGUCGAGUGGUCAGCGGACGGACGAUUACUUCUAUUUGGACUCAGAUCUGGUGAAGUCCACAUCUAUGACCAAGCGGGAAAUUUCGUGUCGAGGAUGAGUGUCAACAGUCCGACCCCGAGCUCCAUCGUUUCCAUGAUAAAAUGGUUCAAGAAAGGUCCACCGGAACGACCCGGCCACGAAAGCGAUUAUCACACCCUAGCCAUCGUCACAGAUGAUGGUCAUUUACAACUCCUCAAGAAAGAAGUCGAUCCAUCCCCGAUCGUCAUUGAUUGCGACAUGAUGAUUGCCGGCAUCGAGUGGUCGCCUCAGGGUAACAUGAUUGCAGUCAUCGGUCGUCUCCUCCAGACCAGGGACCCCGAUAAACGGAACGUAAUCAAGUUGUUCAGCAACCAGGGGAACUACCUCCACACGCUAGUCGUACCCGGGAAGCACAUCACAGGCUGUACGUGGGAAGGGACCGGUCUCCGACUCGCGAUCUCGGUGGACUCCUUCGUUUAUUUCGUCAACGUCAGACCGGACUAUACAUGGACUUACUUCGGGGACUCAGUACUUUUCACCCAUUCGAAACCAGAUCGAGCCGAGCAGUGCUUCACUUUGUGGGACACCAAAACCGAGCAGAAACACAUAAAUUUCCGUCGGGGAGUUCUCUGUAUCGGGUCCUCGCAGGAAUACGCGGCCGUUGCGUCGAAAAACAUCGCAGGAAUCCCAGAUCAGUACAAUGUCGAGGUCUGGGACGACAUCGGAGCUCUCGUAGAUCAGAUCAUCAUCGAAAGCGAGCCGGUGAAGCUAGCUAUGGCGGGGAAUGUCGUCGCGAUCGCCUCGCAUUACGAUCUCUAUGUUUGGCAUUUCCAUGACACCGAGCAGCGCAUCGAGGCACAAGGGAAGACGCUACAGAAAAGCAUUUCGAAAAUCUCGUCGGAGGCGGAAUCCAAAUUCGCUCUCAACUCGGGCCCUGAAGAAAUCUGUUGUUUGGCUGCCGGAAAAGGAACUUUGUUAGUGGCGUUUGAGUCCGGGCUCAUCAAACGAUAUACCCUUCCAAAUGUCUCCGUUUCUCAUCGAUACAGCUUGAAUGUGCGACCGAAAAUGAUAGCUCUCAAUUGCGAUGUCACGGUGAUGUCUAUAAUUGAUAUGUCAGGUGUCUUGCAUUUCUACGACAUCAAGGCUGAGUCGGGAGUUGCGAAAGACAUCGAUUUUCAACGUCGAGACGUUUGGGACAUCCGCUGGGCUCGGGAUGACCCGGAUCUUUUCGCAUACAUGGAGAAAACCCGGCUUGUGGUCGUUCACAAAAUGGAAACCGAGGACGCCAUGACUUGCUCCGGGUACAUCUGUGUUUUGGAGAACAUGCGGGUCAAGUGCGUUCUCCUCGAUGAAAUCAUGACGAACCCUUCGUCCUUGGCCCUUCGAACGCAUGUUAUUGUGGAGGACACGUGUCUCUUGAAACAACUCCGCGAGCUCAUUGAUAAGACAGCGAUAGCCGAUGUGGUACAAUUCAUUGAGGACAAUGAUUCCAACACCAUACUCUGGCGAGAGAUGGCGAAGCAUUACAUGAUAGAGGGCGAUCUGGAUGCGGCGGAGAUGGCCAUGGUUCGAUGCAAAGACUGGGAUGCGAUCCUCUUCUGUCGGAGAAUUCAGAAGCUCCAGAGCCGAGAGCUCAGAGAGGCCGAAGUCCUUGCCUAUUUCGCCGAUUUCGAUGAGGCUGAGCAAACCUAUAUCAACAACGACCGAGUCGAUCUCGCUUUGGAGAUGCAUUCGACCGUGGGCAAUUGGGAACGCGUCAUCGAACUGGCCCUCGUAUCCAACGAGAGCAAUGUUGCCAUCGUGGAGAACGCCUACAGCAACUUGGGUCAACUCUACUUGGAGAACGGUCAAUGGGAGAAAGCAAUUCACUGCUUUGAGAAGAGCCACAACUCCGCCGGGCUGGCGACGGCCCGGUACAUGAUGGAAGAUUUCGAUGCUCUCUGGAAAGUCGUCGAAGAGGUGCAGGACAAGGAACUUCUGCUCAAAAUCGGCGAGAUGUACGAAUCCGUUGGGAUGUGCGACGAAGCUGUUCAUUGUUUCGUGAACAGCGGAGCUCACACCCGAGCGAUGGAGGUAUGCAUCGAGCUCAACGAGUGGAAAACCGCCAUAGAGUUGGCCCGAGAUCACGGCCAGGUCGCAGACGUAAGCGGCUUGCUGGCAAAGUAUGCCCGGCAGUUUAUCGAGAACAACAAUAUCCUCAGUGCCGUCGAGCUAUACAGACGAGCCGCUCGUUUCAAAGAUGCCGCACGGCUCCUCAACCAGCUUGGGAGGUCGAACAAGAUCCAGGGCAGUGUCCUCCGGAAACAGAUAUACGUCCUCGCCGCCAUGUUGGCAGAUCAGGGCCGAUCCGGAAAGACCGAAUCGCUCAUGUUGGUUGGAGAAGACAACUUGUGGAGAUACGCUCAGGCCUAUCAUUUCUUGUCCUUGGCGCAACGUCAAUUUCACAAGGAGAAAUAUGAGCAAGCUCUAGUGACGUCGCUUCAUCUCUCGGAGUACGAUGAAAUCCUGGAGCCGAGGGCCGUUUAUUCCCUCAUAGCUUUAUCGUCACUCAUGUGCCGAGCCUGGGGCCAUUGUUCUAGGGCUUUCACUUAUCUCGAAACAGACGAAGGGUUUUCAACGGCUGAACGCGAGAAACUCGAGGACGCCGCCAUCCGGAUCUUCUCUAAAAACGUCCCCAAACAAAACAAAGUUGAGAACUCGGUCUGCAACAGCUGCGGAAUCCCCCUACCAGAUGGGAUAACACUCUGCCCGACAUGCGGAAUCCGGUAUCCUCUUUGUGUGGCAUCAGGUGCCGUGAUCACAGACCCGGACCGCGUCUGGCGUUGCGGACAAUGUCGGCACUCCGCUCUCCAAAAUGAGAUCCUUCCGUUCUCGAACUGCCCCCUUUGUCAUUUCCCCCGGCAAAAUUCCGCCGAAACCUAAAGAAGCUCCGCCCCUGGUGUCCGGAAAGGAGCCGAAUCAUCGACUGCGAAUCUCGUACGCGGAGCUUGUACAUGGGAACGGUGGGAAUAAAAGAAAGAUCAA